AUGAUCUCCAUGACUUCCUAUACGAAAAUGUGUGUUGAAAGCCAUCCGCAUAUUCGCAAAAUUAUGCUCUACUACUUCGAGAAAGGUUGGAAGCGGCCGGGUCAUUCCGCGACCUCAAAAACCUCUCGGCGAUUGAACAAUCAGCCAAAGCCAACCAAGAAAUGGGGUCUGCCUCUGAAUCUACCAUACUCACCGGCAGAAACUUUUAUGGAUUAUCACGUCAGCCGUUCGUUGAAAAACUGGCUAGGGAAUAGAAGCUACGACGAUUUGGAUGACUUGAUGGCUGAUGUCAAAGCGUGGAUCGCCUCCAAGGACCAAAACCUCUUCGCCUUUGAAAUCCAGCAAUCAAGCCAAUGGGAAGCAAUGCACGAAGUGGAUGGUGGAUAA